AUGGACGACGAGUACCUCUCCAACUUAUCCCCGGGUCACGGAAACUCCGAGGCUCUGAGCCCCAACUCCACGGCGGAGCCCGGCUGGUCCGCGGACGGCGGGGAGACGGUCCACUACGUGCUUCGCUGCGUCAUGACCUCCAUGUACGUCCUGAUCAUCACCGUGGGUCUGCUGGGGAACAUCACGCUGGUCAAGAUCUUCGUCACCAACAGCGCCAUGCGCAGCGUGCCCAACAUCUUCAUCUCCAGCCUGGCGGUGGGGGACCUGCUGCUGCUGCUCACCUGCGUGCCCCUGGACGCCUCCCGCUACUUCUUCGAGGACUGGGUGUUCGGCGAGGCGGCUUGUAAGCUCAUCCCCGUCAUCCAGCUCACCUCCGUGGGCGUGUCCGUGUUCACGCUCACGGCGCUCAGCGCGGACAGGUACAGGGCCAUAGUGAACCCGAUGGACAUCCAGACCACCAGCGCCGUCUUCUGGACCUGUCUCAAGGCCGUUUCCAUCUGGCUGCUGUCGGUGCUGCUCGCGGUUCCCGAAGCCAUUUUCUCACAGAUCGUCUCCAUGCAGGACAACCACAACGUCACCUUCGUGAACUGUGUGCCGUACCCCAUGUCCAACCCCAUGCAUCCUAAGAUCCAGUCCGUGAUGAUCUUCCUGGUCUACUUCCUGAUCCCUCUGGUUGUCAUCUCCGUGUAUUACUACCACAUCGCCCGCACGCUCAUCAAGAGCGCCCACGACAUGCCGGGCGAGGUCAGCGACCACACCAGGCGACAGAUGGAGACCAGGAAGCGCUUGGCCAAGAUCGUGCUGGUGUUCGUGGGUCUCUUCGCUCUGUGCUGGUUCCCCAACCACGUGCUCUACAUGUACCGCUCCUUCCACUACUCCCAGAUGGACGUGUCGCUGGCCCACCUCAUCAUCACCAUGCUGGCCCGCAUCCUGAGCUUCUCCUCCUCCUGCGUCAACCCCUUCGCGCUGUACCUGCUCAGCGACAGCUUCCGCCGACACUUCAACAGCCAGCUGAGAUGUGGUCCAGGUCACCGCCCUGAGCGCCAGCCCAGCUACCUGCAUAGCACCUCCCACAUCCGUCUCACCUCCAUCAAGAAGACCACGCCCACCGCUGCCGCCGCUCCCACUGCCAACGGCAACUCCAGCAGACAGGAAGUGGCUCUGUGAACCGGCAACCCCACCAAAAGUGCCUCCUGAAACCCGAGUUCAGAAGUGAAAGGGAAACUGAAACAUGCUUCACUACAGACACAAACCAAUCACCUGAAACAGAACCCAUCCUCCCCCUCUGCCCAGAAUCCAUGCGUUCCACCCGAGGACGUCCUAUAAACUCUGAACGUAAAGGGUCCCUGUCACUCCUGAACUCCCGCUGUCGCCCUUCAUGUUGUUAUAAGUGUUAGAAACACAAGCCGAGGCCUUGGUGAUCCGUGUCCUGUGAACGUGAGCAGCUGAGAGCAGCUGAGAGCAGGUGGGAGCUGAUGAAAGCAGGUGAGAGCAGGUGAGAGCAGCUGAGAGCAGCUGAGAGCAGCUGAGAGCUGAUGAAAGCAGCUGAGAGCUGAUGAAAGCAGCUGAGAGCUGAUGAAAGCAGGUGAGAGCAGGUGAGAGCAGGUGAGAGCAGCUGAGAGCAGCUGAGAGCUGAUGAAAGCAGCUGAGAGCUGAUGAGAGCAGGUGAGAGCAGCUGAGAGCAUCUAAGAGCUGAUGAAAGCAGGUGAGAGCUGAUGAAAGCAGGUGAGAGCAGGUGAGAGCUGAUGAGAGCUGAUGAAAGCAGGUGAGAGCAGCUGAGAGCUAAUGAAAGCAGCUGAGAGCAGCUGAGAGCAUCUAAGAGCUGAUGAAAGCAGGUGAGAGCAGCUGAGAGCUGAUGAAAGCAGGUGAGAGCUGAUGAAAGCAGGUGAGAGCAGCUGAGAGCUGAUGAAAGCAGGUGAGAGCAGCUGAGAGCUGAUGAAAGCAGGUGAGAGCAGCUGAGAGCAUCUAAGAGCUGAUGAAAGCAGGUGAGAGCUGAUGAAAGCAGGUGAGAGCAGGUGAGAGCUGAUGAGAGCUGAUGAAAGCAGGUGAGAGCAGCUGAGAGCUAAUGAAAGCAGCUGAGAGCAGCUGAGAGCAUCUAAGAGCUGAUGAAAGCAGGUGAGAGCACCUGAGAGCUGAUGAAAGCAGGUGAGAGCUGAUGAAAGCAGGUGAGAGCAGGUGAGAGCAGCUGAGAGCAUCUAAGAGCUGAUGAAAGCAGGUGAGAGCUGAUGAAAGCAGGUGAGAGCUGAUGAAAGCAGGUGAGAGCAGGUGAGAGCUGAUGAGAGCUGAUGAAAGCAGGUGAGAGCAGCUGAGAGCUAAUGAAAGCAGCUGAGAGCAGCUGAGAGCAUCUAAGAGCUGAUGAAAGCAGGUGAGAGCAGCUGAGAGCUGAUGAAAGCAGGUGAGAGCAGCUGAGAGCUGAUGAAAGCAGCUGAGAGCAGCGGAGAGCGUUUGGGUGCUGCUGUGCGUUGUUCCCUGUACGUGUGCAGAAUGAAGGCAGCCACUGACAGGCAGCGAUGGCGUCCUGAUGCUUUGAUGCUUCCCUUUAUGUACGACACAGUGUUGCUUGUAUUUUGUGAAUGCUCACUUAAUAAAGGCUCCUUUUCGAGGA